GAAUGGAGCGGGUGGGUAGCAACAGUUGCCCUGGUGAGGACGAAGCGCCAUAGCCGCGGUAGCCCUGGCGACAAGAGCCCAGCAACGAGAAUCAACAACAACAACAACCGAAUCGGCCAUAAAAUUAAAAGAAGAUAUUUUAACGGUGGGAAAUACACACGUGGAACUAGAGGGUGAUUCCAGGCUCUUGUAAUGGCCACCUCAGCCUAUGUAGGUGAGAUCCAGCCGGCAGCCCAGCCCCAAGGGGCUGGUGUUACUGUCGCUCCAGGGCAACCUGACCCCAGCUCCACCCCUCCAACUGCCCCUCAAUUUCUGGCUGAGAUUCAGACUACUGUGGUCACCCCCACUGUCGUCACACCCACAGGCCAAACUACUCCAAGUGAUCAAGCCCCCUCUAUCACCACUCAGAAGCCCGCAGCUGGUAGUCAGGCUCAGUCCACUGCACAGGCCCAGCCAGCCCAGACACAGUAUGUAACUGCAGAGAUCCAGGGCUCCCCCACACAGUCUGGAAAUGCUCAAAGCACUCCUCAGUAUAUUGUUGUCACAGUCACAGAGGGCUCCCUUCACUCAAGUGACAGUGUGUCAGACUCCAGCCCUCCUCCAGCUGUGGUGCAGACGGGAGUUCCCACACAGGUUGUUCAGCAGGUACAAACUGCUCAACAGAGGUCUGUGGUGCAGGCCACCUCCCAGAUAGCCAAGACUGAGCCAGAUGCCCAGCUCAGUGUCACCAGUCUACAGCCUGUUCAUAUCAGUCCAGAGUGCCACUAUAGCACCAAGGAGACAGCAUUAGUCAGGCAUAGCAGUCUAGAGGAAUGUCAGCUGCUUCAUCAGAUAGGAAAGACAGAGUGCCUGGCCUUUGCUUCAGCAGACUACAUGCAAGAAUGCUGCUGCAAGCCCCUCUUCCUCCCAUUGGACCUCCGUCAGCAUUACCAAUCACCGUACUUGCUCUCUGUGCAUAUGGAGAAAGACAUAGAACCCUUCCCUGCAGUCAAAAGCUCUUGCCCUGAUCAGCCACCACUGAAGCCUACAACUGCCAUUUUCCAAGUCCAGCAGCAGCUCACCUCAGUGCCAGUGCAACAUGUGUACACCAAUCAAGUGCAGUAUGUGGAGGGAACAGAGACCAACUACACCACCAGCACCAUUCGUUCCAGCACCUUCCCUUACUCUGACUCACCUCUGUACACCCAGACCACAGCCACCCAGUAUUAUGAAAGUCAGCCAACCUCAGGCUCACAGGCUUCCACGCCUGGUACACCUCUAACUGUCUCAGUGACUGCUGGCACAACAGGGGGUGUGUCCAUGUUUGUGGCCCAGCCAACCAGUGCAGCAGGGGGAGGAGCCGCUGUGGUGACCACAGGUGGUGCCACCAAUGGGGCAGGGGAAGGGGCAGGGACCAACGGUGGUGCAGCAGGCAGCUAUGUGAUCCAGGGUGGUUACAUGCUGGGCAGCAGCAGCGGAGGGGCAGCUGGAAACAGUCAGAACUAUUCACACACCGCCCGCGCCUCUCCAGCCACUGUGAGUAUUACAGAGGGCGAGGAGAGUAGCGUGCCGUCGGCAGACAAGAAGGUACAGUGGUUGCUGGACAACUAUGAGACAGCUGAAGGAGUGAGUCUGCCACGUUCUACCCUCUACUGCCACUAUCUACUGCACUGCCAGGAGCAGAAACUAGAGCCUGUUAAUGCUGCCUCUUUUGGGAAACUCAUCAGAUCUGUGUUCAUGGGGCUACGCACGCGACGCCUGGGAACACGGGGUAACUCUAAAUACCAUUACUACGGGCUGAGGAUCAAGGCAGGCUCUUCUCUUCUCCGUUUGAUGGAAGACCAGCAACAUCUGGCCAUGAGGCAGCAGCCCUUCUCACAGAAACAGAGGUUGAAGCCGGUGCAUAAAGUCGAGGGGAUGACUAAUGGCACAGCAGCAGGAGCAGGCCAGCAGCAGCAACAGCAGCAGUCGUCUGGGCAGGUGGACAUCAGCACCCAGGUUCAGCAGUAUCAGCAGUUUCUGGAUGCAUCCAGAGCGCUCCCGGAGUUCCCAGACAUUGACCUCCAGGGGAAGUCUCUGCCAGAGGGCAUCGAGAUGGAGCACAUAAAGAGCUUUCAGCUGCUGUACAGGGAACAUUGCGAGGCUAUAUUAGAUGUGAUGGUCAACCUGCAGUUUACCCUGGUGGAAACUCUAUGGAAAACCUUCUGGAGGUUCAGCCAGAAUCAGGCUGGUGAUGCCACAUUGGCUGUUCAUGAUGAGUCAGAGAAGCGUCUCCCAAAGUCAUGCCUGGUGUUGCUGUGCAAGUAUGACCCAGUGCUGCGCUGGAGCCGUGACUGUGACAACAGCCUGUACCAGGGCCUGGUGGAGAUCCUCAUCCCUGAUGUCCUCAGGCCCAUCCCCAGUGCCUUAACUCAAGCCAUCCGUAACUUUGCCAAGAGCCUGGAGAGCUGGCUGACCAAUGCCAUGAUGAACAUCCCUGAGGAAAUGGUCCGCAUCAAGGUAACAUCAGCCAAUGCAUUUGCACAGACAUUGCGUCGCUACACUAGUCUGAAUCACCUCGCCCAAGCAGCCCGGGCUGUCCUCCAGAACACAGCACAGAUCAACCAGAUGCUCUCUGACCUCAACCGUGUCGACUUUGCUAAUGUCCAGGAGCAGGCCUCAUGGGUGUGCCGGUGUGAAGACCGCGUUGUCCAGCGGCUGGAGCAAGACUUCAAGCUGACCCUCCAGCAGCAAAACUCCCUGGAGCAGUGGGCUGCGUGGCUUGAUGGUGUGGUCUCUCAGGUCCUUAAGCCCUACCAGCACAGCCCUGCCUUCCCUAAGGCCGCCAAGCUCUUCCUGCUCAAGUGGUCCUUUUACAGUUCAAUGGUGAUCAGGGACCUGACCCUGAGGAGUGCAGCCAGUUUUGGUUCUUUUCACCUGAUCCGCCUGCUCUAUGAUGAGUACAUGUACUACCUGAUAGAGCACAGAGUGGCUCAGGCUAAAGGAGAGACCCCCAUUGCUGUCAUGGGAGAGUUUGCCAGUCUGGGCCGGGGUCUGAGCCAGCUGGAUCCUGACAAAGAAGAGGAAGAGGAUGAGGAGGAGGAAAGUGAUGAUGAAGGACAGGAGCUGUCCCUUCCCUCAGACGGGGCCGUGCUGGGAGAAGAGUCACUGGAGCCGCCUGCCAAGCUGGCAAGAACAGACCAGAGAGUCCUCUUCACAACCGGAUCAGCUGAUAACUAACCGUAUACUAACACUACCACACGUGGGUUGAUAGAAUUUCUCAGACACACUCACUCACACACUCACACUCACACACACACACACACACACACACACACACAGACAGAUGUACAAAGAACACUAAUUUAUACACUUGACACAUGUAUAUAGAUCUUGUAAAUGUGUGUGCACACUCUCGCUGAAUACCGUUAACUAUUCCACUUGUUUACGCACACACAAUCAAAACAUGCACUCAAUCAGUACUGCUGCUGCCUGGAUGGCACAACCAACUGUUGACAUCAGUGAUUCCAUACACAAUCUUUGCAAGAGACUAUGAUUUUGAAAACCAGACUCUCUCAUUGCAAACAGAAACGCAGAGCAUUUGACCCCUCGGUUUUGUUGAUCUGUAAAAAUGAGCUAUGUUUUAUUUCUCUCACUGCUUUGCAACCUGUGGCCUCGCUGUGUCCUCUUUGAGAAACCUCUGCGCACUCUAGAUGCUCCGAAAACUGUCACUGCCGUAUCAAAGUGGUGUGAUGUGCGUGUGUGUAUAAAGUUAACCACAGGAGGACUUUCAGCAAAGUGGUUGCUGAAUUAAGUUGUUACUAAUUCAUCAAAUGUUGGGAAGCUGUGUCGCUCAGAAGGGGAGAGACAUUUGCGAAAGACAGCAGGUGUAUUUUUUGGGUGAGUUUGUCUUGUUUGUGUGUGUGUUUUCUGUAUAAACUCUGGGGUCACACCGCUCUGCUUUUACUCCUGGAGGCUGACUGGACAUGCUUUUCCAUGAUGGUGUGUACAUACCUCUGCAUCUGGUUGUGUGAAUGUGAGUCGCGCCAAGUGUGGACUGUUUUUCUGUAGAUAUUUUCUAAGGCAUUCAGGUUUUGAUUUUGAAGAUGUGUGUAGAUUCAUUUAAUUUGCCUGUAAAGAAAAACGUUGAUGUGUUCUUGGAGUGCCUGUCGCAGCUGCUAAACAUACUUGUAAAGAUAAAGCUGAAGCUGUGGAAUUGGGGCUCCCAUUAGUUGCUGCAAAAAAAAUCUUCUCUCUUACAUUGAACAUCUGGUUCUGUGGAGAGGUCCUGUAUCUGUACAAGGUAUAUUUUUAUGUUCCAAGUGUUCCAUUCCUGUCCAUCCAGUACAUUCCUCUGUGGCCUCAUUUUCCUUUGACAUAUCAUUUUCUUGCCUUAUUUCUAUAUAUUUGUGCCAAACCUGUUUACCCCAGAUCCCAUUCUUUUUAAACUCUGUUUCCAUGUUCAAAGGAGGACUGUGCCUGAGUAAGAACGGUGAUAUAAUUAUAUUCUACUGUAUAUUUAUCCACUAUUUUGAAUUUUGUUGUCACUAAGUGAACCUCUUGUGCAGUGUAUGGUGCUGUGUUGUCACACAUUGUAAGCAACCUUUGUGUGCAUUAUUGAUUUGUGAUUGUACGUUCAGUUAUCAAUCCUAGAUCAUAAGAUUCUUAUCCAGGCUAAGGCCCUGCCUCUUUGCACAUAUUGACUAUUGUCGUUAAAGCUCCGACAAAGUUAUCUGAAAUGUUUCUCAUUUUCUUUGAUGUCUUCGGUGUGGUUUAAUGGUGGGGGAGCAGCUGUCAGAUUUCGUGCGAACACCUCGUACCACUGGCCGUGUUUGAGAGGAUUUGGUGAGAGAGAUCUGAUGACUCUUUCUGCACAGUCCUCCACCAACACCCAUCACUCAUCUCUCCUCCACUGUGCUUUCAUCUCACGGCAUUUCCACCCUCCUGCCAAUGGCUUUGUUUUGCUUCGAACAUCCAUAUUCUUAAACACUGUUCGUCACGAUCGAUUGUUGUAAACAUGUCAUUUUUGGAUUUUUAAAUACACUGUCCUUAAAAAGCUGCAAUGCACAUGUCCGACAGGCAUUGGCAGUCUCAAACCAGCACAUCAUCCUUUAUAGAGUCUAAUGCUACCACAGCUGAGUACAUAUCUACAUAUCACUCCAGUCUCUUAAUGAUCUACAGCAUAUAGAAUGGCCAUUGUUUACCCAGUAAGAAAAAUGUUUAGUCACUUUUAUAGUGCAUUGUUUCUUAUGUACAAAACAAAUUGAGAAAAAAGAUGUUCAGUGGCAGUGUUUUAUGAAUUUGGUCUGCUGUAAGUAUGACUGUGCCUUUGGAGGUGGUAGAAUGCAAUUCAGAUGUUUUUAAUUUUAAAGAUAUAAAUUAAAGAAUUUUUAAAAUUGCA